AUGUCGAGUGAGCUGCUGACGUACGAGUUCGUGUGCAAGCUGUCGGAGCUGCCUUCGGGCUCUAAGAAGUGCGUCGAAUUGCCGGCGUCGCAUCGUAGCGUCAUGUUGCUCAACGUACGCGGGCAGGUCUUCUGCAUGGACCAAGCCUGCUAUCACCACGGCGGGCCUCUAGUCAAUGGCGAUAUUGAGGAGCUAGGCGGUAAAGUCAUCCUCAAAUGUCCAUGGCACGCCUUCCGUAUCGCAGUGGAGACGGGGGAGGGGCUCUACAAGGGCGUGGAUAUGACCAUGACCCCGUCAGGUAAACUACAGCCGUCGUCGCCCAGAGUGAAGUCCAAAGGUGUCAAGCAACGCACCCACUUCGUGGAGAUACGCAACGAUGGCCAAGAUAUCUACGUCGCAGACUCGUCUGCUGUUCCAGGCGCAUCGAUGCUCGGAUCGGACGUGUACGCUUUCCGCACUGUCGCCAUCCCCGAGGCCGCCAAGAAAGGAGAAGUGCGGAUCCACUCGCGCUUCGAAUAG